UCCGAGGCAUCCUCAGAAUGUUCCCAGCGUGCGCCGCCCCGCGCGUCCUUAGAAAACAACGCGUCUGUGAACAUUGUGAACCCGUCGCCGGCCGAACGCAUUUUGAACACAGUUCAGUACGCUGACGUUGAUUUUGCCUUUGCAACGUGAAAAAAAUUUCAUCACAAUACGAACCGCCAUCUUGGUUGCAAUACGUCUGAAUUUAGUUCAUCAUAUCAAUUCCUUGUUACGUGUGCAUUAAAACCUGUGGAAUGAUUACAACUAAAACGAAAAAUACACUUUUUUGACCUUCUUAUUUGUUGAAAACAAUGCUUGUCAGACAUGAACAGUCCAUUGGAGCAUGAUUUUGUUGAUUAUGAAUAUUCACUAGAAACGAAAUCUCAGGAAGAUGACGUACAGGAACAACAAGAAUUAGAUGAAAACUUAAGCACGGAUAUUCCUCUGCAUGAAUUGGCGUCCGAUUUAUUGCAUUGUGAAAUUUGUGGUCAACAAUUUUUAAGAAAGAAAGACUUACGAUCACAUAUUAACGUUCAUUUGGGUGAACCUCGUGUUGUACUUAGAAGAAUUCCAAAUUUGAGAUCAGUGAAGAAAAAACAGGACGAAAAAUAUUGGUUGGAUCCAGAUCAAAAGGGGACCUUGAAGUUUACAUUGAAAAAGCAGUGCGGUUCCGAUUCUUUGAAGCUUACUUUAAAGAAGUCUUCAGUGUCUGAAGACUUCACUGUUAUAAAUAGCAAUUUGGAUAUUCAAUCGGAAAAUUAUCACGAAGACGACCUGGCAGGUCUUAGAGAAAAUGACGAUAAGGAUGACAAUGAGGUGGAAAAUCAAAUUAACGAACCAUUUGAAAAUGUGAUAUUAAAUCAGCAGGAAGAUGAUGACAAUUCAAAAUUCGACGCGGAGACAAGGAAUCCUUUGGAAGAAACAGAAAAAACAUCAGUGGACAUUAAUGAAGGAGAUUCGGGAGUGGGAAGCGAUAUGGCAAAUCCUUUAGAAAGAGAGGAUCAGAAUAUAGACGAUUUACAAUCAGGAGAUAAUUACGAAGCUACGGAGAAGGUAGUCAAUGAAAGUGAAUAUGUUGAAGAAUCUGACAAUCUAGAAGCAACUUGCAGAGAAACUAUUGAAAAUCUCAAGAUUCUUGGUGAACAGUCAAGGUUUGUAAAACCGAAACUAUUCUGCUUCACCAACAAUUUUUCCAGAUCGGCGAAUGAAAUAGGAGAAAAAAUUCCAACCGAUGAAGAAGAAAAUACAGAAAGUUCCGAUGAUGUAAUACAAACAUUACACAGUAAACCAGAAAUAAGUUUGGUACCGAAGGCUUCUAUUAUGGCACCAGAACCAAUUAGAUCUUCAACUGAUGGAAGAAACAAAGAAAAUGAACAAAGUACCAAUUCAACAUUCAGCUGGAAUCAAAUAACAACUGACGAGAACGAUAAACAGGACGAAACAAUAGAAGAAUCCAAUGAGACUGGCUCAUCAUCAGCCAAUGAUAAUACUGGAAAUUUACUUCAAAAUUUCCUCAUGGAACAUCAAAGACGAAGUCAAAACGAAGUGUCAAAUAAUAUACCAACUUUUGAAACUGAAUAUGUUUCUUUAGAAAGACUCGCUGAGACAGUCAGUACGUGUCGUGUUUGUAACGAAAAAUUCAAAGAUAUCACUCAAUUGGACGUUCAUAAAGCAAAAAUGGGACAUUUUCAAUGUAACAUUCCUGAAUGUGGAAAUUUAAUUUUCAACAAUCCAAUGGAAGUGUCAAUUCACAAAAUGCAAAUACAUGGCGCGCCAAUGUCGCCCAAUAUUAAUCAAAUGUCGCCACAUAUGAGCGCGAGUUCACCUCAUUUAAAUCAAAAUUCACCAUACAUGAAUCAUAAUUCACCGCAUUUAAAUCAAACAUCACCACACAUGAAUCAAAGUUCUCCAUUAAUGAAUGCAACAUCACCACAUAUGAGCGUAGUGGAUCCACAAACGGGUAUUAAUUCACAAGUUUCCGGUACAUCACCACAUCAAGCUGGUUCACCUUCAUAUAAUCCACUAACAAAUAAUUCACAACAAAUGAUAACACCAGUUAAUUUCGAUCAAUUACCAGCGCCGGUUCAACAAUUAGCACAACAGGUACAACGAAUGCCACUUCCACAACCACAAAUGCAACCAACUCUUCCACCAGGAGCAAAUACAAUGAUUCCCAGCAAUAUUUACAUUCAACCACCAGGAAGACCGCCAAUGUAUCGAGUAUCUGGACCUCAGGGCAUGUAUCCACCUCAUAUGCCACACAUGUAUCCACAAUAUGGCCCACCACCACCUGGUUAUCCUGGUCCACAAAUGGGUGUACCUCAGAUGCAUCCACAAAUGCCAAGGAGCCGAUAUUCGUCAAUUGUACAAACCCCACGAGGUCCUAGGAUACCGCCUCCUCAAGCAAUGCCUCGUCAACGUUUAAAGAGACCGAUGCAACAACCAGUGCAAAUGCAACAACCGAACAAUGCCAAUGUUAAUAAACAAAGAAGAAUGGACGUUCUUUUACCCGAUAGAAAUGAAGAUCCCGAUUGUCACGUUAUCGCACAACAAAAACGAAAUGACGGUGUUCCUGUGAUACAAAAUGUUCAAGGUGCUACAACACAAUCAAAUAGAAGUGAUUCAACAAUCCAUCUCACGGAUUCCAUUACUCUAAGUGUACGACAACCUGGUUCCGCUCCAGCUCAAGUGCAGAAUACAACGCCCAGUGGGAAAAAACCGGAUGCAAAAGCAGUUGCUAAUGUUUUAGCGGCUCGUGGUAUUACGGUAACACCUGCGAUGCAAAAAGGUAAAUCUGGUGAACAGAGUAAACAAGUACCGGCACAACAACAGCAACAACAACAGCAACAACAGACACAACAACAGAGACCAGCAGCGGCACAAAAUAUACCGGCUUUAAAUUUAAAUUCAGCAAUAUCAAUAAUUCCUGCGAGCUCACAGAGAAAACAACAGGAACAACAGGGACAAUUUGCUGUUCCUCAAAAUAAACAAAGUAAAACGAGUAAUAGUGAUGUUGAAAGGCCACCGCGACCUCCAACGGUCGAUCUUACACAGGAUACACCACCUGCACCGCCUCUUGUUCGACGUGGACGACCUCCAAGGGCAUUAUUAACAUGUCAAGUGUGUGACAAACGAUUUCAAAAUCAAGAAAUGCUUACCCAACAUAUGGCAAAUCAUCGAGCGACUAGUAAACUUCUGCACAAAUGUAAUUUGUGUCCGGCAAAAUAUCCAACGGCAUCGGCUUUAAUGACGCACAAACAAACCUAUCAUAAAGAAGUUGAUUUAGGUUUACAAAAUGGAGGGAUUGAAUUGGCAUUGCCAGUUGUUGAUUUAAAAUCACCGCAUGUUGUUAAUCGUCUUUCAAAUCUUGGAAUUCAAAGUUUUAUUCCUUUAUCUCAGCUUAGUGCUCAAACUGGAGGCUAUUUUGGUUUACCUAUUGUAACAAUAGACGGUGCAAGAAAUCCAAAUGUUUGCAAUUUAGGAGCUCUUGGUGCCACUUCAAUUUUAAGUCUCGGGCCCCUUAAACAUUUAUCAAACAGAGAUAUUCCGAGUUCCGGACUUGUUAAAUAAUAACUUAUCGUCGUAGGCCAGAACUGAAUAAAACAAAAAAAAAAAAAUUAUUAAAAAUGACCGUCAAAUUUUUGUAUAAUCACAGAAAAAAAAUAUAUAUAUAAUGCGUAUAUAAAAAUCACAGUGAAGGGAAAAAGCGGUUAUUUUCAAAUAUAAAUCUUCGAACAAUUUUUAUAUGAUUUCUUAAAAAAUGUUGUUAUUUAAAAUAUAUUAUAAAAUAAAUAUACUACAUGAAAGAAGAGAUUAGUUAAAAAAAAAAUUUUCUUGGAUUAGAAAAUAUAACAGUGAAUAAUAAAUAAAAUUAUUUUCUUUCACUGUGAUGGUACAUGCAAUACAAUUGCAAAUAUGUACAAUAUUGUCGUUUUAACGUGAAGAAGUUAAAAAUAAAAAAAAAAAAAUGUGAUAUCGUCGAAUAACGGCCUCAGAUUUUUUCUAAUCGUAAGAAAAUUGCUGUUUAGCGUAAAAAAAAGUAUUGUUUAUCGAGUUCCUACUUAUAUAUUAUUUUUCUUAAUUAAAAUUUAUAUUUUCUUUUAUUAAACAUUUCUAUUUCAAUUAGUUUGCUCGAUAAAUGCUUUGCUAGCGACCCAAAUGUUCUGAAAAAUAUUUGUUUAAUUUCAAAGUUUGUAAAUAGGCGUGCAUAUAUUACACUAAAGUUGAAUGUUGUAUAACAAACAAUUCUAUUGUAAAAGGUAUUAUAUAUAUAUAUAUUAUAUAUAAUUAAAAAUUGUGCGUGAAACUUAUGUAUGACUGAGUGAAAUUGAAGAUGCAUAUCUGUAUUUUUAUAAAACGUUAAAAAAAUGCGAUCUUUAUUAUUUUAAAGGUGUAUAAGAUUUGAUUAUAAAUAAAAAUUAAAAAUCAGAA